GAAACUGAAACCAUCUGAAACUAGGACACUGACGGCGAUCGCAGCGCCCCUCGACGCCAAGCAUUUGUUGUCAUGGACAACCAUCAUGGCGGACGUCACAAAGCUGCGGGUUCUUUGCCUACAUGGUUAUAGGCAAGAUGCUGCUGCAUUCAAGUCUAAAUUGGGAGGCUUUCGUAAAGCGACCAAGUCCUUGCUGGAUUUGGUGUUCAUCGACGCUCCCCACCUCAUUGAAAACGGAGUCUAUGGUGAAGCAGACACUGAAGGUGGCCGUGCCUGGUGGUUUUCAAGUGAAAAGACGUUCAGUUCCAAGGAGUACACAGACACGUGCCGUGGCUUUGAGGAAUCGGUCAAAGCCAUUGAGCAGGCAUUCAAGGAGCAGGGUCCCUUUGAUGGAAUUCUGGGCUUCAGCCAGGGGGCUGCCAUGACAGCCAUGAUUCUCUCACUGCAGAGCCUUAAGAGAGUGGAGUGCAGCUUUAAAUUUGGUGUCCUAGUAGCCGGGUUUCGUAGCCGCUCCAGCGCGCACGACUACCUCUUUGCACAAGAGGGCACGAUAGAUGUGCCUACACUGCACGUUGUGGGGGAAACAGACAACAUUAUACCCAAAGGUGAGUGGAACCAAGUUGUGUUUUGA